GGAGUGGGGGAGCGGGUUUGUGAUCCCUUUGGUUCAACGCAUUUGUGGUGCAAACGUACUUCCGUCGUCCUCUACGGCACUCCUCGAAGUCGUCUGACUCUAUUUUCAUACCUACAAUGCCGAGAAAUCAACCCUGUACUUGUAUGCUCGCCGCUAUACUCAAUUCUUUCAACCUCGAGAUGGGUUCUUGCCUGUGCAAAGAGAAAUCACAUCGAAAUCGUGAUAACAACAACAGUCGCGGUUCUCGUUCAUGUCGUCGUGGUGAAGAGCGAAACAGAUCUCCGCAGUCAUUUGAGCAAGAAAUUGAUGAGAAUGAGGGAUCACUACAGCGUCGCAUGUCUAUGACAAACUAUGUUGGAAACGAUGUUAAGGAUUUGAUCAGACAAACGUUGAAAGUUAUAAGGUCACUUGUUAAUAACGAACAAGAUCCACCUGCAUCACUUCUUAAGCUCAACAUGAUCGCUGAACGAGAAAAAGGCUGGCUACUUGUUGUUGAGUCGUUAAUAGAAACGGUGCCUGAUGAUGAUUCUUUGGGGCCUGCCGUAAUCACUCUGUUCCUUGAUGAAUGUCCUCUUCCAUCUAAGGACACAGUACAUAGGCUUCUAUGCUCUCUUCGACUAGAUCAAGCAGCUUCAUCCUCGUCAACCAGAAAACGAAGUUGGCAUCGAAAUACAUGCAUUGUUCUCGGUUCUUUGGCUGAAAAGCUAGCUGGCAGUAGCAGUGUAGCUAUGUGCAAUCCCACCACUUUGAACUAUCUGAUUUCAAGAAUAGUUCCACCGUUUACGCAAGCCCGUGUGGUGCUCUUUGCCUUGCUGGCACUGGAAAAGUUUGCGCAAACCAGCGAAAACCAGUUUUUGAUCUCUCGUACCUUGGAGGAAGCUGUGUCUCAUCCGCUGAAGCAACUUGAAGAAUGGCGCCAUUGCACAUCUGAUGCUAUGAAACGACAGGUUGGUUUCUGCGCGACAUGGGCAUUGGAUAAUAUAUUCAUAACACCGAACCGAACGUACGCAUAUGAGAUAACGGAUGUGUCGAAAAUCAACGCCAUGUUAAACCACGAAGAUGUCAGUGAAUACCUCAAAAUUGGCCCUGAUGGCUUAGAAGCACGAUGCGAUGUAUCGUCUUUCGAAUCCGUACGCUGUACAUUUGCUGUACAAGAUGGAGUAUGGUUCUAUGAAGCUACCGUCUUUACCCCUGGUGUCAUGCAAAUAGGAUUUGCUACCAAAAGAAGCCGAUUCUUGAACCAUGAAGGUUAUGGUAUUGGAGACGACGAAUCAUCCGUGGCAUAUGAUGGUUGCCGCCAGCUUCUUUGGCAUAAUGCACAUUCUAGUCGCCACGAACAUGAACCUUGGCGUCCGGGUGACGUUGUUGGAUGUCUGUUGAAUAUUCCUAUGGGUACAGUAAUGUUUUAUUUGAAUGGCCGACCUUUGCAAAGACCUCACUACGAAUUUUUGCGAGCUCGCCCAGCAGGCGAUGGAGUAUUUGCAGCAGCGUCUUUCAUGUCAUUCCAACAGUGUCGGUUCAACUUUGGUGCCGAACCCUUCAAAUUUCCGCCCGAUAUUGCCUUUAGUACUUUCAAUGAUGGUGGAGCGACACUUACUGUCGAGCAGAAAACCAUCCUUCCAAGGCGAAGACGACUUGAGCUUCUGCAGAAGGAACCGAUACCCGAAAAUUACUGCACAAUAUGUUAUGCUCAUCCUGGUGACACGGUGCUUACACCAUGUAUGCAUGGAGGCAUUUGUAACACAUGUUCCGUUCAAAUGGAUCAGUGUCCUCUAUGCCGUCAACCCAUUGAAAGCCGAAUAUCUAUCGAUGAAGCACCACCGGCAUCUGUCAGAAAAGUUUCAGCCGCUCAAUUAGCUUCUUCCACUUCUGCCCAUCGCCUAUCCGCCGGACAAGCCAGCUUUGCUCCAGCUCAACGGCAUUACUUAUCUACCAUCUACUUCAUCGUUGUGGCUUUCAUCAUAUAUGAAGGCAUCAUCGGGAACCACUGUUCCAAGUCUUCUUUAAUGUGCUCGGUAACUCGUCGGAUGCCUCGCACAUUCGAGGAAGAAUGUGCGUUCAUAGAACGGGUAGGAGAAUGCAAGUUCAAAAUCAAGAAAGGCUUCUGUCCGAACAUGAAUGUAGAAGCACGUUUCUACGUAAAUAAGAAGUUGGAGCCGCUUAUGUUUGAAGAGUUGCGUAACUCUAUCGGACGAGGUGUCGGUGGCUUUUUGCCCGCUGUAAGACAGUUGGGCAAUGUCGCAGCUUUGCCAGGGAUAGUUGGUUUUUCCAUUGGCCUUCCAGACAUCCACUCAGGCUACGGAUUUUCCAUAGGGAAUAUUGCCGCCUUUGACUGCUCGAAAAAAGAGUCGGUCAUCUCACCUGGAGGUGUGGGUUUUGAUAUAAACUGCGGGGUGAGGCUGAUUAGGACAAACCUCUACGAGAAGGACGUAGCGCCUGUUAAAGAACAACUGACCCAAGCACUUUUUGAUUAUAUCCCUGUUGGUGUCGGAUCUCGCGGUGCAAUUCCCAUGUCAGCGGCUGAUCUUGUUGACUGCUUAGAAAUGGGUAUGGAUUGGACCUUACGUGAAGGUUACUCAUGGGCAGAAGACAAAGAGCACUGUGAGGAGUAUGGUCGAAUGUUGCAGGCAGACGCAACAAAAGUGUCAACUCGCGCUAAGAAACGAGGACUUCCACAGUUGGGAACUCUUGGCGCGGGAAAUCAUUAUGCCGAGGUACAGGUCAUUGAUGAGAUUUAUGACAAGCAUGCAGCGGCGAAAAUGGGCAUCGCAGAGAAGGGCCAAGUUGUGGUGAUGCUGCAUUGUGGUAGUCGUGGACUUGGCCAUCAAGUGGCAACAGAUGCUCUAGUAGAAAUGGAGAAAGCAAUGGCUCGUGAUGGCAUCUCUGUCAAUGACAGACAGUUAGCCUGUGCUAGACUUUAUUCCAAUGAAGGCCAGGAUUACCUCAAAGGAAUGGCGGCUGCCGCUAAUUUUGCUUGGGUCAACCGAUCAUGUAUGACUUUUUGUGUGCGACAGGCAUUUGCGAAUACAUUUAACAUGCAACCCGAUGAUCUGGAUAUGCAGAUGAUUUAUGACACAUCUCAUAAUGUUGCAAAAAUGGAGGAACAUCUGAUUGAUGGCCGACCUACGCAGCUCUGCGUUCACCGAAAAGGAGCAACGCGUGCGUUUCCACCACAUCAUCCUCUUAUUCCUGUCGACUACCAACUGACAGGGCAGCCGGUUUUGAUCGGUGGUAGUAUGGGUACCUGCAGCUAUGUACUCACAGGCACAGAUCGCGGCAUGGUAGAAACUUACGGCACAACAUGCCAUGGAGCCGGACGAGCACUUUCUCGAUCAAAAUCGAGACAAAAAAUUCCUUGGACCGAAGUUAUCGAAAACUUGAAGACGAAAGGCAUAUCAAUUCGACUGGCGUCGCCGAAACUUAUUAUGGAAGAGGCCCCGGAGUCAUACAAAGAUGUGACCGAUGUUGUCAACACAUGUGAUACUGCGGGCAUUAGCAAGAAAACCGUGAAAUUGCGACCGAUAGCGGUCAUCAAGGGUUAACUAUGCGUGUAGCACUCACAUCCUGCGUGCUUUCCACUUUCGGCAAGUUGUAAUAAUUAUUAUGCAUGCUUACUGUAGUCACUUGUUUCCCUUUGAACUGUUGAACAUGUAAAUUUUGUUAUUGUUUACGAGAAUUUAUUUGCCAAUAUCUAAAGCUUUAUCGUACUCUUCUCUCAAGUAGAUGAGCAGUUCCUCAAGGCCUGUACCAGCUUUUGCUGACACGAAAAAUGUUGGGUAUUCUUGGAAAAGAAUCCGGUUUUUGUUGUUAUCCUGC